AUGCAACAUGUCGUCUUUAUGUUUUUACAGAUACCAAGCCCUGAUGAAGGGUUUGAAGGCAAAUCUCUUUAUGAAAGCUGGUAUGCGAAAAACCCUUCAACAGAACACAAAGGCGUCCCCAGAAUCAACAAGCUGGGCUCCGGCAACGAUUUUGAGGUCUUCUUCCAGAGGCUGGGCAUCGCUUCCGGCAGAGCCCGUUACACGAAAAAUUGGAAGGUGGACAAAUACAGCAGCUACCCACUGUAUCACAGCGCCUAUGAGACUUACGAACUCGUGGAGAAGUUUUACGACCCCACUUUUAAGAACCACCUGGCCGUGGCCCAAGUGCGAGGAGGGAUGGUGUUUGAGCUGGCAAACGCGGCCGUUCUUCCCUUUGACUGCCGAGAUUACGCCCAGGCGCUGAGCCGCUAUGCGAGUAUCAUUUACAACAUGUCCCUGGAACACCAGGAAGCACUAAAAACCUACAAGGUAUCCUUUGAUUCUCUUUUUGAUGCAGUGAAGAAUUUUUCAGAAGCUGCUAAGGACUUCCACAGGAGACUGCAGCUACUAGACACCAAUAACCCAAUUGAAGUGAGAUCUCGGAACGAUCAGCUGAUGUUUUUGGAACGAGCCUUCAUUGACCCCCUUGGAUUACCUGGUAGGCCAUUCUACAGACACAUCAUCUUUGCCCCAAACAAGCACAACAAGUAUGCUGGGGUAUCCUUCCCUGGGAUCUAUGAUGCUCUGUUUGAUAUCGCCCAUAAACCAGACCAAGCCAAGGCCUGGGAAGACGUCAAGAGGCAGAUCUCCAUUGCAGCCUUCACAGUGGCAGCUGCAGCUGGGACUCUGGAAGAAGCUCUGAUAUGAUGCGCUGAAAAACUACUGGCUGUAGUGAAUAAAGCCCUACUCAUUUUGGAACUUGGUGGCCCCACAGACUAUCUUCGUUUGCCUUGUGCAUUCUAGAAGAUGAAAAUCCAUUAGAUCCCAUCUUUGGGGAGAUGGAUGCCUGGCAUUCUCCAAUGUCAAGAAGACCUAAAGUUCUUAAAGUCUUGCUUCCUUUGUCUAUUACCAAAUUGGCUUUGAUACCUUCCAUACCCAGGACUCUUCUGAGACAAGAGAAACGGUGAAUGAGCCAUCUUGCUAUUAAGACACGAGAUUCCUCAUUGGCGUUCAGUUUCUGGAUUGAAGACCUUGAGUGGUUUCCCCAUAAGUGAAUCCCACGGACAUUCCUGCAGUUUUAUCGAAGAGAGCUACAUAUUUGCAAUAAUCCUCAGCAAAGAUAUUUACUGUGGAUUAUCCGCAAGCUGGCACAACCCACUUGCAACCCACAUCUUGUUUUGAUGUGAUUGCUCACGUUAGUACACAUUAAAGCAACGGACAGCACCAAGCCCACCGCCCUUUGAGUCCUUCAUACUUUCAGGCUUUAACAAGAGGUUUUCUUAUAGACCCAUAAUAUGCCUUGGAUGCAUCUUUAAAGAACAUGAAACACCAACAAGGAGACAAGAAAAAGAGAACGAGACCGUAUUUUUCCAUGUAUAGGACUAUACUUUUGUCUAAAAUCUUUAGACAAAAAAAU